AUGGUGAGUCGUGACUUCCACUGGCCCCGCCAGUACGAGUUUGUGCGCAAGUACGUCCGUGAUUGCGAGGUUUGUCAACAUGUGAUGCCUAGUCCUUCAUCCCGUGUGCCCUUGCAGCCUCUACCGAUUCCGGCAGAGUUUUGGAAGUCCGUAUCGAUGGACUUUGUCUUUGGGUUUCCCAAAGACUUUCACAAGAAUACUGGCAUUCUUGUGUUUGGUGAUCGGUUCAGCAAGAUGGUACGUCUUGUUGCUGUACCGGGGUCAAUCACAGCCCAGGUCUGUGCUCGUGACUUCAUCGAUACCAUCUUCCGACAUCACGGGUUACCACGUGAACUCGUGUCUGACAGAGAUUCCCGCCUCACAGCGGAGUUUUAG